UUUUUUUUUUUUUUUUAAAUCUGAAUUUUAUUAAUUGUAGAAGAGAAAAGUGUGUGAAUGUUAUGUUUUUAUCAAAAAAAAAAAAAGUAAUGAAAGAGUGGAGUAAAAAGUGAAAGAUAAAAGAAGAUUAAUAUAUUUAAAAAAAAAGGGUAAUUAAGUCCAUCCAAAUUAAAAUGAGAGCGUUACUAGGUAAAAAGGGAGCGAUAUUUAGUACAACCCAAACUCAAACAUAAACCAAAAAUAGAAAGCCCACUAAAACGCCAUUAAAUCUCCCUCUUAUCAAAACAUCAUCCACACUCUUCUCCCUCCUUUCCUCUUUCUCUCUCCUCUUUCAACAAACAACGAACAAGAAGAAAGCUCUGAAACCUCAAAAAAUGGCGACCAUUACAGCUUCUUCUCAAUCUCUCUUUCUCCUACACCCUAAAACCCCUUUUCUCUCCUUAUCAAAACCCACCAGAAAAACCCUCUUCUUCGCAACCUGCGCCGCAACAACCACCAAUCUCUCUCUUCAAAUUAGGGCUUCUUCUUCAUCUUCAACUCCAGCACCUUCAAUUUCAUCAAUUCCAACUUUACCCUUCAACAAUUCCCCACUUUCCACUUCCAUGCGCCCAAUCACCACCUUGAUCACCACCAUUUUCUCCGUUUCGAAACUCUUCGCUACUAAAAUCGCUUCGAUUUUACCCUCACCAACCCCUAAUGAGCUCCAGAAUCUCAGCAAUUUGAGGAAGAAUUUGCUCUGUUCAGUGGGUCCUUUGUUCUUCGCCGCAUUGAAAGACCGUCCAAGUGGUUCACUUAACACUCCAUUGACAGUUGUUGCUGCUGGAAUGGCGAAAUGGCUUGAUAUUUAUAGUGGGGUUUUAAUGGUUAGGGUUUUGCUCAGUUGGUUCCCUAAUAUUCCGUGGGAUAGGCAGCCAUUAUCGGCAAUUAGGGAUUUGUGUGAUCCUUAUUUGAAUUUGUUUCGGAAUAUUAUUCCUCCAAUUUUCGAUACAUUGGAUGUUAGCCCGUUGUUGGCGUUCGCGGUGUUGGGACUUCUUGGCUCGAUUUUGAACAGCAGUCUUGGGAGUUAUUGAUGGAGAAGAUGAAGGUGGGAGAUUGAGUAAGCUGUUUAUGUAUGGUAUUGUUAAAUUUUGUUUUUAUAAAAUUUUGUUAUAAGAGUGAAUUUUGAGUUAGAACAAUGGAUUAUACUGAUUUAGUAAGCUGUUAGUUCUACUUUAGACGAAGAAAUGGAAUCAUCAAAUUAUUGAGGAAAUAUUAACCUAUAAUUAUUUAUAUAUAUAUAUGCUAUUUUCAA